AUGCCUCUGCCUUGUCAUCGCCCUGGCGUUAACUACGCUGAUUGGGCGUCGACGGAAGAUAACACGGUGUACACUGGAGACGUGCUGGUGUUUAACUACCCUGCCUACUCCGACGAGGUCUACUUGUUUUCCGACCCCGUGGCGUUUCAGCGCUGCCAGUUCUGGAAAGCCACGAAGGUUUGCAGCGACACGGACGGCGAGGCGGGAUGCACGGUGCGCAUCGACACGCCCGGGGUGGCGCUCUUCGCGUCGGGCAUGAUUGCGCGAUGCACCUGGAAUAGCAAGCUGAACGUCACGGUGAUUCAGCGCGGUACUCCAAGGAACGUCUAUGUAGGAAAGAUAAUGCCCGGGUACACGUACCCGUGGAACCCUGCCGUUAACUACACCGACUGGGCUGCGACUACUACGGUUUACAUCGGAGAUUCUCUUGUUUUCAAGUACCCCGACGGCUUAGACGAAGUAUACAAGGUGCCGACUCAAGCCGACUACGAUGCUUGCGAAGUACGCAACUACGAAACAAUUCUGCCUCCGGUCCUUACACAAUCACCGUUCUUCUCGCCUCUCCCGCGGGUCGCCUCUUCAAAUUCCGCCGCAAUGGCGGGCGUACCUUCGGCCCAACUCUCUCCGCGGAGCGCUAGUGGUCCUCCGCACCCCGUGCGGGAGGCGGAACGAAUCUCCCCUUCCGCCAUCUCCUUAGACAUAGAGAAUCCCCGCAGUUUUCCGACUAAUGCGGGGAAAGCCGCUACAGACGGCGCUACGUGCGCUUACUCCGGCAGUGGCGGGGAGGCGGGGCCCAGCGCGAAAGCCGCCGCUCCCCCCGCUUUCUCUUCCGCAGCGGCGGAUAUUUAUCGGGAUGAAGCAGGCGUAGGGGGAACGGAAAUCCUUCCCGCGGAAGCGGGCGCGCGGGGAACAGCAGGGGGCGGGGCGAGCAGCGGAGCAGAAGCGGGAGCCGCGGGGGGAAAGGGAAACGGAGAGCUGAAUGGCGAAUCAAACCCCCCACUUGAUGAUGACGUGGAAGACGAUUUAUCACUCCUCACGCUGCAACGGCCCCCCCCAACCACGCGAUCCGCGCGCUUGAAACGCAUCUGCGGCCGACUCCUCUCCGCCGUCGCGAGCCCUAUAACGGGGAUAGCGGCGUGGAUGCGGGACCUAGGGCGCGUGUUCGGUUGGCCGCUGUUGGGAGUGGUGAUGGUGGCGUAUGGGAUUAAUCAAGGGUAUGGAAGCUCGCUCAUGGGCCUAUCGUUGAGUUACUAUUGGAAGGACGUGCAGCAUCUGCAACCCGCCGCCGCUCAGUUCUACAUGAGCUUCGUGGGCAUCCCAUGGGACGUGAAGCCACUCUACGGCAUGAUCACAGACACCUUCCCCAUCCUCGGCUUCCAGCGGUGGCCCUACAUUGCCCUGUCAGGCAUCAUCGGCACAGCGGCGUGGUGGGCGCUGGGGGUGCUACCAGCACUCGUGCCGGCAGUAGCAACGGCGCUGCUGGUGGUGCAGGCGCUGUCCUGCGCCGUGCCGGAUGUGGUUGUUGAUGGCAUGGUGGCACAGGAGAUUCGCCUGCACCCCUCCUAUGCUGCCGACCUGCAGGUGAGGAAGGGGUUGCACACUAACAGUGGCGCUGCUGCUGGUGCGGUGAGGAAGGGGCGGGGUGGGGAGGAAAGGAGUGUGCGAGUGGUGCUGCUGGUGGUGCAGGCGCUGUCCUGCGCCGUGCCGGAUGUGGUUGUUGAUGGCAUGGUGGCCCAGGAGAUUCGCCUGCACCCCUCCUAUGCUGCCGACCUGCAGAUGGCGGAAUGGGGUUCUCAGAAGGGGAGGGAGGAGGCAGUGAGGGCGAAGAGGGCGCUGGUAGGUGCACCAGUCCCUACACCAGUCCCUCCCCGUGUGAUCAGACAUUCCAGCGUGCUGCAGUCCCUCCCCCCAGCCUCUCUCGCCCGCACCCUCUCUCGCCCGCACCCUCUCUCGCCCGCACCCUCUCUCGCCCGCACCCUCUCUCACCCGCGCCUCUCUCCUCUCCUAUACCAGCAGCUCCUCUCUCAUCAAAUCCCUCGAUCCCCCAUGCAGCGCCUUCGUCCCCAUCUCCCCUCUCCUCUCCUUCUCCCUCAAUUCACCUCCCCCGCCCCCAUCCCACCAGUCCCUCCCAGCAGCCUGUCUCGCGCUCGCCUCGCUCCUCUCCUACACCAUCAGCGGCUCUCUCAUCAAACACCUCGGUCCCCCUUUGCACCUUCUUCCUCAUCUCCAAUCUCCACUCCUUUCCUCUCCCUUCACCCCUUCCCCUCUCCCCCCCCUCCCCACCAGUCCCUCCCAGCAGCCUGUCUCGCGCUCGCCUCGCUCCUCUCCUACACCAUCAGCGGCUCUCUCAUCAAGUCCCUCGGUCCCUGCGGCACAUUCUUCCUCAUCUCCCUCGCGCCGUUCUCUCUCAUUGUGGCUGCUCUCUUGCUUCCUGAAACGCGCCUGCCCGAGGGGAAGAGGAAGGGGGACGUGAAGAAGCUGAGGACGACGUGGCGCCGUUUCAUUGGCACGAUUCGGCACCGGAAGAUCGCGCGAGCGGCCCUGUUUAUAUUUAUUGCGCAGGUGAGGGGCGCUGAAUUGGGCUGUGAGGUGGUGUGUGUGUGUGUGGUGUAG